AUGCCUUAAUUACCAAAUUUUGCACCUGCUGUGGAACAAUGGUGGAAGAAUUUAGGAUUUGGUUAGAGAUUGGUCCUCUUCUCAAUAGCUACACUUAGAAUUAUUUCAUAUUUUUCCAAUGAUAUAAUGAAUAUGCUUUAUAACUAAACACUAUUAGUUUCGAAUGGAUAAUAUUGGAGAUUAUUUACAGCUCCUUUAUGUUCUUGUAUUUAUGAUUUAUUACAUUAGUGAGCUUCUUUUAAAUUAUUGCUAGUUGGUUCUGCUUUUAGCUAAUUGUAAACCCAUAUGAAUCAAUAGUGGGUAGUGCAUAUUUCAUUUUUGAUUUCGUUUUUAAGAGCUUUUUAUUAGAAUCUUUAAACUUUCUGGUGAACAUUGGGCUCUCUUAAUACGAUAGUUAGUAUCAAUAUACUUUAAGUUAUGGUAUCAACGGAUUAGCACUCUAUUAUUUAUGCAGCUAGUAAGAAAAUUAUCAAAUUAUAAAGAUUGGUUGCCUCUCCUUAUAGUAAAAGAGAUUUUAACUUAUUUUCGAUACCUAACUAUUAUUUAUUACUCACCAUCCCUUUCGUGAUUUUUUUAUAUGGAGAAAAUUUCAUUUAUAUAUUUGCAUUAUGGAUCUCUAUAUUUGAAUGGUUUUUCUUUGAUGGGAUGCUCAUACGAUUAUCUGAUGUAAUAUUGUGUUAGAUUUAAAAUAGAAUUCUAUUGAAAAACUAUCAUUCAUAUUUGGUUCAUUAAGAAAGAUUAAUUGUUUUAAGUAGCCAUCUCAAAGUUUAUAAGAACCCAAAUUAUAUGUAUCUUCUCCGUAGGUUGAAUUAGGUUCUUAAUAAGAAGCAACAUAAGCAUUUGGAGGCAGGGGAAUAAUUAUAGGUACAUAGGAGGAAGAAAGACAACAAAGAGUUUAAGGUGAAAAUAAUUAUUAAUAAAUAUGA